CUAAAUAAAUAAUCAAUUGAAACAAUUUUGCCUUUUAAUAUGACUCUUAAAAAGAUGCCAUCAUUUCAAGAGGAGCCUAUGCUAAACAUGACUUCACAAACAAGUCACUUGUGAAAGAGAAAAACCACAUGCAGGGUGAAGUCUAAAGUUGAGAAGCCUUAUUUCACAGAGCACUUCCUGAAAGAGAGCAAGUGAUCACAGCCACUGCUCCAGAACCAGCAAAGCCUUCUGAAGAAACAAGUGAGCCCAAGACAAAAGAAAUAUAGCAUUUCUGAAAAGCUCCAUUUCCAGUACAAGCAACUCCAAGAUACCUCUUGUACAGAACACUGGAUAAUGUCCACCUCUGAGGCAGCCCUUUGAUGGACAGGAGUUUCUAAGCAUCAUGCCUACCAGUCAUUUAUAAGAUGACUACCCCAAGCAAUCAAGACAGCAACCAACCUGGACCUUCUAACAGCUCACAUCCAGAUGAGUACAAAAUUGCAGCCCUGGUCUUCUAUAGCUGCAUCUUUCUGAUUGGAUUGUUUGUUAACAUCACGGCAUUAUGGGUUUUCAGUUGUACCACCAAGAAAAGAACCACUGUAACCAUCUAUAUGAUGAAUGUGGCACUGCUGGACUUGAUAUUUAUCAUGAGUUUGCCCUUUCGAAUGUUUUACUAUGCAAAAGGUGAGUGGCCAUUUGGAGAAUACUUUUGCCACAUUCUUGGGGUUCUUGUAGUGUUUUAUCCAAGCAUUGCUCUAUGGCUUCUUGCUUUUAUUAGUGCUGACAGAUAUAUGGCCAUUGUACAGCCCAAAUAUGCCAAAGAGCUCAAGAAGACACGCAAAGCUGUGCUUGCUUGUGUGGGAAUCUGGAUAAUGACCCUAAUGAUCAUGGUCCCGCUGCUACUGCUCUAUGAAGACCCAGAUAAAGCUUCCUCUCCUGCCACCUGCCUGAAGAUCUCUGAUAUCAUCCACUUCAAAGCAGUCAAUGUGCUGAAUUUCACAAGGCUGAUAUUUUUUUUCUUGAUCCCUCUGUUCAUCAUGAUUGGGUGCUACAUGGUCAUUAUUCACAGUCUACUGCAUGGAAGGACAUCGAAGCUGAAACCUAAGGUCAAGGAGAAGUCCAUACGGAUCAUUAUCACACUCCUGGUGCAGGUGCUCAUCUGCUUCAUGCCCUUCCACAUCUGUUUUGCUUUCCUGAUGAUGGAUGGUGGAGAAAACAGUUACAAUCCCUGGGGAGCCUUUACCACCUUCCUCAUGAACCUCAGCACCUGUCUGGAUGUGAUUCUUUACUACAUUGUUUCCAAACAAUUUCAAGCUAGAGUCAUUAGUGUUAUGCUAUACCGCAAUUACCUCCGGAGCGUGCGCAGGAAAAGUUUCCGAUCCAGUAGUUUACGGUCACUGAGCAACAUGACCAGUGAGAUGUUAUAAAGAGAAGAAAGUUGGUUUUUUCUGAUAUCUUUUAAAUUCACUCUUACCCAUUCUAAAGUCAGCAAAUAUUCCAGCUGGCAUUACCAAGUCUCUUCUGUCAUUAAAACAACAAGAGCUUUAAAACCUUUUAUGGAUUAUUGUGGUAACAUGAUUACAUAUGCUGAGCAUUCUAAUAUUCAUUUUUAUUAUAAAACUUGGAUUAGACAUUUCAUGAAUCAAUAGAAAAAACAUUCAAAUGUGUUUCAUAGUCAAGCUUAUCUACUCAGACAAUUGAGCUA